AUGGGGCCCCCGGGCAAUAGGGGAUCAUGGGGCCCCUGUGUCCUUGCCCAAACUCAAAAAAGCCUAUGAAAAAGGUACCAGGGACAUCUCAUGGGGCCCCUACUGACCCCAGGCCCUCGGACAGUGCCCAAGAGCCCGAAUGGUCAGUCUACCCCUAGAGUAUACUAUAGCUUACCAAUCCUUAGAUGUGGGGGCAGCAUUAGUUUUCUUUUUUAAGCUUUUUCCCUUAAAUAUUUCCUGGUAAUCCUGUGUAUAUCACACUUCCUUUCAUGGAUAAA